CUCGAUUCAAUUGCUACUACUUCUUCACAUCUCCAUUCGAUCUAGCUAAGUACGUAGCUCGCUCUCUCGCUCGCCAUUUUCAACUAGCUAGCCGAUGGGUUCUUGGGUGCGCACCAUCACGUCGCCGUUCAGGAAGGCGCGCACCAUCCUCAACCAGCAGGGCGGCGGCGGCGGCAACAGCGGCAGCAUCACCGCCGGCGGCAGCGACGAGCAUCGCCACCACCGCCCCAAGAAGCAGCGCCGCCACUCCUCCUCCUUGUCAUCCUCCGGCACGCCGUCAGCUACGGCGGCAGGCAGCGGCGACGUGGAGGUGGUGGAGGUCGCCCGGUCGUCGCAGCUCUACGGCGACGUCAUGGCCUGCGCCUACGAGGACGUCCAGGUCAUGUGGUCCAUGCUCGACAACAAGGCCAGGCUCUGCACCACCGCCGCCGCCGCCGCCUCCUGACGCCGGCCGCCGUAGCAUGAACAACGCACGGCCGACACGAUCCAUCCGCCCUUUGCAUUGGCAUGGAGAUCGAGAUGGGAUCGAGUACAUAUCAUUUGCAAUUUGCAGCGAAAAUUAAUGCAGCAUUAGCACUAGCACCACUAGUCCCCAUUUGAUUAUUGUUGUUCUAAUCAAUCUCCAUUUUCAUUUUUGUGAUCGAUCGAUCGACACAAGCAUGUUACUGCUCGAUCAGAUCACGUACUCCACUACGGUCGAGUCUUUCAAAUCCCCAUUAUUACAGGCAAAGCAAGCACUGCACACUCUGAUAUGUGCCCCUGCUUAAGCUGUGAUUAAUGGAGAGAUUUAAUCAAUUUAAUCGGCAACUUCUUCAGUUCCAACUGCACCCGCAUGUUCUUUAUUAUUGCUUUCGAGGCAGCCAUGUUCUCUU